UUCGAGGAGGAGGGCGACUAGCCACAGAUGGGCUUGAGGAUAGUCACUCGGGCCAUGGACGUCUUCUCAAGAAUGCAGGCUAGAGGUAGAAGGCAGCAAGAGGAAGAGUGCAGAAGAAUGGUAGCGGAGGCGGAGGAGGAGCUGGCAAACGAGCCAGUUGCAGAACUAUAUUGGCAGUGCAGGCGGAACAAAUGGCUGCAAAGGUUGGAGGAUCUCCAAAUGGAACAACAGGUUGUGUGGGCCAAAAGGGCACAGGAAAAGGGCGUGCGGACAACGGAUCGGUUAACUAAGGAAACUUUUCAGCGCUUAUGCCCUCCGAGACAACACUCGUUAAUGAGGGAACUGCAACAUCUGUUCCAUGCAGAGGCGCCGCUGGCAACGGAUUCAACAACAAUUGGAGAGUAUGCUUUCACUCACUUCAAGGAUAUCCUAACUUCGCGGCGCCAACCAGACAUCUCUCUGCAGCAACUGCGGGAGGAGCAGGAAAUGUGGCGGCACACACACACUCAGCUGGGUCAGGAAGCCGCAGAUGCUCUCGAGCAACCAUUCACUGCAGAAGAACUUCAACAGGCUGUCCAAUGCAUGGCCAGGGGCAAAAGCCCGGGCUCAGAUGGACUGCCAGUCCAUUUUUAUGAGGCGACAUGGGAGCACAUCGGGCCAGACCUCUUGAAGUUAUAUAAUCGGGUCCCUGACGGUGACAUCCUAACGGAGGAUAUGAAACUGGGCAUCAUUACGCUGAUCUAUAAAAAGGAUGAUAAGUCAAAUAUCUGGAACUGGAGACCGAUCUCGAGGCUCAAUGUGUCCUAUAAGAUUCUGGCGAAGGCGCUGUCUAGAAGGCUUGCCCCGUACCUGCCGAAGCUUGUGCACACAGACCAGGGUGCUUUCAUUCAAGGUAGAUCAAGUGAGGAGAACAUCUUGAUGGUGGUGGGAGCGCUUAAGAUAUUGGACUCACAAGGCAGACCGUUUGCUGCGUCAACAGCCACCGGCAAUUUUGGACGGAGAUGGGUUGAGCGUGGAGUGGUCAAAUUGGCGGACCUCUGGUGCAUUGAGGAAGGGGACUGGAAGACAGAGCAGCAGCUCAGAACGAGGUUGGGGGGCCUGCAGCUUGUCCAAGUCAGGAGUCAACAAAUCCAAGCAGCAAUUCCCCCUGAGUGGAAGCAGUUGCUGCAAGCACCCAAGCUGUUAGUUGGGAAGUGGUAUCGUAGUGAGCAACCUGUGGAUUUGACAGCAGUCUACUACGUAACACAGCAAUUGGAUGAGGACACGUGGCAGGCACAAGCUUGGACACCUCAGCAAGAGCUCAUGGGUACCAACGAGCUGCAGCUGUUGGGAGAGGUAGCCUUAGAUGGGAGACAAGAGCUGCAACAGAUACGAGUGUAUCGAUUCACGAAGCAAGGAGUCACUUGCUGUGAACUUCUCCUCAAUGGCCUCCCCCUCAGAAACUUGCGUAUUGACCCCUUGGCAUGGUCAUGGGAAACGCAGUCAGGUAUCAGAAGGUUUCUGCAAAGGUCCACGAGGAGACGUUAGCUCAUCUGUUCUGGGAAUGUCCAGCCUCCAAGCGGGUCUGGCAAUGGUGGGAGAGACACUGGCAUUGGUUUGUGGGUACACUGCUAAACUGGUAUGAGGCCUGGGUAAUCUACGGCGCCAUACCAGUAACAUGGUUCAAGCGCACGGGGAGGGGAUAUGUGGCGCAGGUUAUCCGGGCCAUCAUCAUUUGGGUCCUCUGAACAAGAUCAUCUUCGAGGAGCAGUGGUCCAGUGACUCAACGCUUAUCAAAGGGAUAAAGUCCUGGAUUUGUA